AUGAAUGGUGAAUAUCCGGCGCGUGUUGGUGAUGCAGUAGUACAGGCUGUCAUCGAGCGGUGGAUUCGAGGACGUGAAAAGGGAUCAUCGAGAUCAAGAAUUCUCAAGAAGUGUGUUCAGAGAAGAAACACCCUUUUUUGUUACCGACAAGAAGCUUUAGAAGAAUUGUUCUCAGCCAUUGAACACAGGGAACUUCUUGUUGUAGCAUUAGAGCUUCUUCCAAGUUCGGCAUGCUGCUCUGAAACAGAAGAUGAUGGACCGGAGAAAGUGCGAGCCAUAGGUUUGGUUUGGCGGAGUGAAGAAUUUUCGGCGCUUCUUCAGCUCAUUGACAAGCUUUCGUACAAACAGCAGGAAGCCUUACAUGGAGCAAGAUGGGCAGCUAACCGGCUGGACAUGAGGAGACAGCCAGCUAUUCAGAUCAAAUCUUCAGGUCGAGUUCCCCGCAAUCUACCUGAGAAUUGCUAUUGUCCAAUCUGGCGAGGAACACUAACAGAUACAAAAAGACAUCUUUUGACUCAAAAACCUCCCAGCGACUUUCUUUCUUUUAUAACGUCAAAAAUACAUGCCGCACUCUGUUAG